AUGCUGCUGGGAAGGCAGCCGCAGCAGCAGCGGCCGGGCGGCUGGGACCGCUGCAGGGUCAGCGAGCGGCUGCAAGCCGCCCUGGCCGGGCUCCAGGAGCUGCAGGUGCUGCGGGAGAAGCAGCGGGCGCUGGUGAGCGGCGCCCUGGCCAUGCCGCGCGCGGCCGACGGCAGCAAGGAGCAGCGCCUGGAGAGCACGCUGGCCGCCCUGAAGGAGCAGCUGUCUCGUCUUCGGAGACAAGAUGUUGGCCUGAAAAGCCACCUGGAUCAGCUGGACCAGCAAAUUAGUGAACUGAAGUUGGAUGUGGGCAAAACAUCCAUUGAGUACCUGGACAGCGACAGCAGACCCAGUUCAGGCUUUUAUGAUCUGAGUGAUGGUGGCUCCUGCUCCUUGUCCAAUUCCUGCACCUCUGUCUUCAGUGAAUCCAUCUCUUCCUCCCAUGCCAGCCUGCUGCCAGGUUCUCAGCACCCCAAAAGCCACAUCAGCAUCUUCGAUUACCGCCCCAAAUCUGCAGAUGAGACUACAGUACAUAACCACUUCCAGCAACAGGAAGCCUAUAGCACUGACGGAUGCCAAAUCAAACACAUCCCUGAUGCUUCAGGGACUCCCACCAGGGCCAGGCCAAGACCAGUUUCCACAGGUGACCUUGAACGACUGGCCGUGGCAGAUGCAGGAUUUCCUAAAGAGACUGACCCCAAAUCCUUUCCUGCUUUUUGUCUGGGAGAAUUCCAGUUCUGCUGCAUGGAUCCCAAAUACCAGAGUGACUUGGUCUCAAAGAGUGGAAAUGAUGUGUACCCCUACCCCAGCCCCCUCCACGCUGUUGCUCUGCAGAGUCCGCUUUUUUCUUUGGCAGGGCAACUGUCGAAGGGGGAGGGCUGUGCUUUGCCUAAGAAAAUGGCCCCUGGGGCCCUCGGACCCAGUUUGAUUAGGACUCGGCCAGUCACCGAGUCCAGGCCAGGGGGUUACAUCAACAAACUGCUCCAGCUGACACGCCACAGAGGAAGCCGUCAGACAGACAGCCGCGAGAGGUGCCCAACAAGGAGCCAACACUUCACAAUGCUCCAGAGACUCAUUAUAACCCCCAGUGCUGGUGGAGUGAAAAUUAACAGCAGCAGCCAGCUGGAAAAACAAGAGAGCUGGCCGCAUAGUCACAAAGAGGAAGGGAAGCCGCACAGGGAGAUGCCUGAAGGGGAAUGUGCCAAACAGCAGGGGACCGCGGGGUCUGGUCAGGCAGAGCCGGCACUGGCUGCGAACGGCUGCUGUCCUGCCAAGUCAACUGUGAGGGAGGCUCUGCUGACAGAAACUGGGGGAAGCAGCCUGGAACGCAGCUCUUCCAGCUCUCCGCUUGGAACAGAAGAGUCCAGCCUCAGCUCCCCACACGCUCACGUUGCCCCAGUCAAGAAAGCCCACCCCAAACCUGCCAUCGGGGUAAAGGCAGGAGGGCCUGGGCUCAGCCCGCAGGGGGAAUUUGUUCACGCCAGGUUUGUCCCUGCAGAAUCCCAUCAGGUCAGGGUAAGGUUUGCAAACUCUAAAAUGAAGUCCAUGAAGGUAAAGAGGAGGAACAGUGAGAAGACACUGAGGCCCACCAAGCAGAUGUUUCAUGUGGAAAAGCCCAGGGGAGCCCACAGCGUUGCUGCCAAGCUUCCUGUGGAGUGGAGUCUGCCUCAGAGACAGUUCCGGGGAAGGAAACUUAACAGGAGGCCCACCUUUGCGGGGGAAAGCACAGGCAGGUCUUGCUCGGAGUCCAGCCUGUAUCCUGCACCGUUCCGAAUCCCUCGGGGGCCCUCUGGGCCUGAACUGUACCAGGCAUCCACUAACACCCUGUACUCCCUCGAAGCGGCCUACAUAGAUGCGUCCAGCAAGAAAAAGCAUCGCAGGUGGCAGUCCACGGUGGAAAUCUCAGCCAAAACCCAGGUUGCCAGCCUUUCUAGCGGCUUUGCCUUGGGGCCGCUGAGGCAGCCGGCAAAGAGAGCGGGGGCCAUGCGUGCUGUGACAAUGGCCCGUUCCAAGAGCCGCCACCCUUCGCGUUCCGGAACGUAUGCCAGAAGUGAGUCAGACCACUCCGAGUACUCGGCGGAAUGCGCAUCGCUUUUCCACUCCACCAUUGCUGAGACAAGCGAAGGGGAGGUCAGCGACUACACAGCCAACCGCUUCGGGGACAGCGAGUCCAGUGAGAGUGAUUCGGAGGGCAGCAGCCAUGGCAGCAACCUGACUCUUGACUAUGACGAUGAGGCCGAGGAGCGUGGCCUGGUGUGGCCCGACACUUCUGUCAGGCCACCGGCUUCGGCACAAGCCUCAUCCAAGCCUCUUCCACCCGUGCCCAAACUCUGCCGCAUCAAAGCUUCAAAGGCCCUCAAGAAGAAGAUUCGGAGAUUCCAGCCUGCCUCUCUCAAAGUGAUGACUAUGGUCUAA